AGGGCUGUAUUCUUACUGCACCCCUUCAUCAGUUUUACCAUCAAUGUGUAAUAUGCCGGCUGUCCUGAGACUUGGAAUAUACAGCGUAUAUAGAUUCUGGCUGUUCAUGCACUGGUUUCCGUCAAGUGUAGUCAUAAUGUGAUUUUGCCGUUGUUCUGUCUUUUUCUUAUAUAUCAUUUGGCUUUUUUCAAGUUUUUAAGACCUCGCCAAGUUAUCGCUGGUGAACGACUGAUCAUAUUUCCUCCACGCUCGUGCGUCUUUGGCGCCACAGCGCUGCUGAUCCUCAGUCAGUGAAGACAGACUGCGUUUUUCUGUCCACCCGCUGUAAUGAGAUUACCCCCUUUCACGUCAGGUGUACAUGCGCGGAUUUAACCGUCCUUUGCUUUCUGAACAUCGACUUCUGUCAUGGGGGAUUGAAUGGAUCCUGAACGUAGGCUACGAUUAAUUUGGUAAAUACAACGGGAAAUUUAGAGCGACUGAAGUUGCAGCAAGCGGUUAGUUAUAAGAUUUCUUUGCACGCUCGAGAGCUUCAACGUUCUCUGGUAGAGGGCGGCAGAGCUCGCGGUAGUGUUGGUCGGAUUCCUGGGAUUGCGCCUUGUAUGAAGAAACAGUUUUUGACUGUCUAUCUGGAAACGGAUUUACAUGGCAUUGGAAAUAACAUGGUUGGCACACAGCAGUAACAUCUGAGGAAAAUGCGCCAGAGGCCUUGGCUCUUCAAAUGGCUGGGAAUAGGUAUAGGGACUCUAUUACUCACCGCCUGCACUUGGUCUCAAGACACAGAUGAUUGGCAGUAUGAGGAGUGCAAGCUGUCCAGAACAGGGCCGCCAGCCACCAUCGUAGCCAUCGACGAAGAGAGCCCCAAUGGGACAUUACUAGUGGAGAACAUGCAGAUCAACGGGCGAGCAGAGGACCCCGACAGAACCAUCUCCCUCUCGCUGCGGGACAACCACGACCACUGGGUCAUCCUGGACUCCAUCAAACAACGCCUGUAUCUCAACAGCACUGGAAGGGUUCUGGACCGGGAUCCUCCCUCCUUCAUUCAGUCAAUCGUGGUGCAGGUUCAGUGUACGAAUGAGCUGGUUGGCACGGUGAUCCACCAUGAGGUCAGGAUCGUGGUGAGGGACCGCAACGACAACAUCCCUCGAUUCCAGCAGCCCCGCUACUAUGUAGCCAUCAAUGAGCUGACCCCCGUUGGCACCACCAUCUUCUCCGGGUUCUCGGGAAACAACGGGGCCAUUGACAUUGAUGACGGCCCCAACGGUCAGAUUGAGUACACCAUUCAGUACAACCCCAAUGACCCAACGGCUAAUAGGACAUUCGAUAUCCCCCUGACCUUGUCUGGCUCUGUUGUGCUUCGAGAGAGGCUGAAUUAUGAAGAAAUCACUCGGUACCUUGUCAUCAUCCAGGCCAAUGACCGAGCUCCUAACCCAAGGGACAGACGGACGGCCACCACGACCCUGACGGUGGACGUGUUGGAUGGAGAUGACCUCGGGCCCAUGUUCCUGCCCUGCAGUCUAGUGGACAACACGCACGACUGCAAACCGCUCACUUACCAAGCUGGCGUCCUGGAGUAUGCUGAACCUAGUAAAGUCAACCCUGUGAACGUGACCCCACCCAUUCAAGCAGUGGACCAGGACCGAAACAUCCAGCCUCCGUCAGGACGCCCAGGCAUCUUCUACUCCAUCCUCAUCGGCAAGCCAGAGGCGUAUGCUGAGUUCUUCUCAUUGAACCGGACCACAGCUGAGCUGUAUCUUCUUCAGCCCAUCAACAGAGACCUCUACCACAAAUUUGACCUGGUAAUCAAGGCUGAACAGGACAAUGGACACCCGCUCCCGGCCUUUGCUAAUUUGCACAUUGAGGUGCUUGAUGAGAACAAUCAGGCGCCCUACUUCCAGGCGCCCGUGUACUACGGCUUUAUCAGCGAAUCAGCACCAGUGGGCACCACCAUCUCCGACAACGCCAAUCUCACAGCCCCGCUUGCCAUCAUCGCCCUCGAUAAUGACAUCGAGGAGACCAGGGACCCCAUGGUGCUCAUCUCCCUGGGCAGCUACGACAGCAUCUUCUCCGUGACCCCGCGGGGGAUCGCCCGACACCUGACGCUGCUCAAGCCUGUCGACCGCGAAGCGCAGCAGAGCUACGUGUUGGAGAUGAUCGCCUCGGAUGGCGUCCAGGAAAGCUCGCCGGUGACCGUCAACAUCACGGUGAUUGAUGCCAACGACAACACGCCCACUUUCCCCAACGUCUCCUACAGCGUCAACAUUUUCACCGACAUGCAACCGGGGGAGACUGUCCUGCAGCUGAUGGCAGUGGAUGCAGAUGAGGGCCCUAAUGGUCAGGUGUCCUACCGCAUCCUGGCAGGGGACCAGGGCCAUUUUGUGAUCGAGAAGCGGACAGGGGUGAUCAAAGCCAUGCAGGGCAUCGGUCUGGCCGUGGGCCGCACCUACGCGCUCACCGUGGAGGCCGUGGACAACGGCCCCAAGGACCAGAGGAGGAGCUCCAUCACCACCGUGUACAUUGAGGUGCUGCCGCCCAACAACCAGAGUCCACCCCGCUUCCCCCAACUUCUCUACAACCUGGAGGUCAGCGAAGCCAUGAGGACUGGAGGCACACUGCUCAACAUUCAGGCUACCGACCGUGAAAAAGAUCCCAUUACCUACAACAUCCAGAGUGGAGAUCCUGACGGCACCUUCGGACUCCUGCAACAAUCUGGGCUCCUGCUUCUGGACAAGGCGCUGGACAGGGAGACGACGGAUCGAUACGUGCUGGUUGUCACAGCGUCCGAUGGAACAGCGUCCGAGACCUCCACGGCCACCGUCAACAUCCUGGUCACUGACGUCAAUGACAACGAUCCCCUCUUCGAUCCCUCACUGCCCAGGAACCUUUCGGUCCUUGAGGAGGAGGCCAACGCCUUUGUAGGUCAAGUGAAGGCCACUGACACUGACGCCGGGGCAAACGGAGAGGUGCAUUACCGCCUGCUCUCCCACAACGGCCUGUUCCGCAUAAACAGCUCCGGGGUCAUCAGCACGUUGGCCCCGCUGGACCGCGAGGUCAGGGGUCAGUACCAGCUGGUGGUGGAGGCCUCGGACGGGGCGUCGGACCCGCGGCGCACCAGGCUGCCACUCCUCGUCACCGUCACAGACGUGGAUGACAACAGCCCGGCCUUCUUGCAGUCGGCCUACGAGGUGACGCUCGCCGAGAACAGCCCCGCCGGCACAGUCAUCCUCCAGCUCAGCGCUCAGGAUGCUGACCUGAACUCCAAUGUCACGUACCGGAUCAGAACGGAGGAGGCCCGGCAGCUCUUCUAUCUGGAUUUGGUGACAGGCCAGCUGUCGGCCCAACACACCCUGGACUUCGAGGCGCUGGCCCCCGAGGCCAUCGCACACACCUUCGUGGUGGAGGCAGUGGACAGUGAGGGCAGCAUGCCUCCCGGCCUGGCCACCGUCACAGUCAAGAUAACGGACAUGAACGACUACCCUCCAGUGUUUAGUCAGGCGCUGUACCGAGGGGUGGUGGCUCCCAACGCCGUCAAGGGGACUCUCAUCACCAUGGUGACGGCUAAGGAUGGGGACCCCCCUAACACCCCUGACGGCAGGGUGCGCUACCAGGUGGACACGGAGCAGUUCCCCUACAGCAACAGCCUCUUCGGCGUGGAGGAGGACACGGGCCACGUGGUCACCAAGGUCAACCUCAACGAGGAGCCCAAUGCCAAGUUCAGCCUGGUGGUUAUUGCCUAUGACGGCGGGGAGCCGGCCAAGCUCAAUAAGACCCUGGUGGAAAUCACCGUCCUUCAACCCUCUGUAAUACCAAUCUUCACCCAGGAGGAAUACAGGUUUCCUCCCGUGAGUGAGAAAGCCCCCAUCGGGAAGGUGGUGGGGGUCAUACUGGCUGCAGCCAUCAACCAGACAAUCGUCUACUCCAUUGUUGAGGGCAAUGAAAGAGGUGAAUUUGCCUUGAACAACAACACAGGCGUGAUCACCACAGCAAGGCAAUUGGACUUUGAGACCAACAGCAGUUUCCUCCUGCGGGUGGAGGCUGACUCUCUGCGGGUUGUCUCAUCAAACCUCCGCGCCCCGGCAAAGAUCAACACGGCCCGGGUGCUCAUCGACGUGCAGGACGAGAACGACCACCCUCCGCUCUUCACCAAGCCCCUCUACCUGGGAGGGGUGACUGAGGACGCCAAGACCUUCACCUCCGUGCUUCAGGUCCAGGCCCUGGACAAGGACACGGGGAACUACAGUGCCAUGCAGUACCGCCUCAUCAUCCCCCCCACGGCCGACGGGAAGGACAGCUUUGUGAUCGAGCCGUACUCGGGUGUCCUCAAGACGGCCAUCAUGUACCGCAACAUGAGGCGCUCCUACUUCAAGUUCCAGGUCGUCGCCACGGACAACUACGGCGCAGGCCUCAGCAGCAGCACUGAAGUAGUGGUGUCUGUGGUGAACCAGCUGGACAUGCAAAUAGUCGUCUCCAACGUCUCGCCGACCAUGGUGGAGCAAAACAAAGACCAGCUGAUGAGGAUUCUGGAGCGCUACGUUCAAGACCAAAUCCCCGGGGCCAAAGUCAUAGUGGAGUCCAUCGGGCCUCGUCGCUACGGAGACAGCUUUGAGCAGGAGGACUAUACCAAGUCGGACCUGAUGGUGUACGCCAUCGACCCCCUGACCAAUCGCGCACUGUCUCGUCAGGAGCUCUACAAGUUCCUGGACGGGAAGCUGCUGGACAUCAACAAGGAGUUCCAGCCGUAUUUGGGCCGCGGCGGACGCAUCCUGGAGAUCCGCACGCCGGACCUGGUGGCCAACGUGAAGAAGUCGGUGCAGACGGUGGGCUACACGGAGGGCGCGCUCCUCGCCCUGGCCAUCAUCAUCAUCCUCUGCUGCAUCCCCGCCAUCCUCAUUGUCAUCAUCACCUACAGGCAAUUUAAAGAGCGACAGGCAGAAUGUGCAAAAACAGCUCGGAUCCAAAUGUCCCUGCCAGUGGGCAAAUGUGUGGGUGCCGCCGCCAACAACCUGUACGAGGAGCUCGGGGACAGCACAAUGAGAGGCUACGGACAUCAGGAGCAGCAACAACUUCUGCGACCUUCUCUCUUGCGGCCUGAGGAGCUCUCAAUGGAGUCGGGCAUCGACCCUGGGCAGGACUAUUACACCCAGGAUUACUAUAAUUAUGAACACGGGUAUGACCUCCCUCAGUAUGGCAGCCGCAGGAAACUGAUCUCCCCGACAGGAAUGUAUGACGAGUACGGAGAGGUGGUCCUGGACGACGACGGCAGCUACUACUACAGUCCACAGGACUCUGAGGGCGAGGUUGCCAGGCGAGGUAGGAGACCAGGCCUGCAGGGCAGAGCCCAACACAGGAGGCCUCCUCCAAGGCUAGCCUUCGGGGACCAGCCCCUUGGAUCUCCCGAGCAGAACCUGUCUGAGCCACCAGAGGGCAGCACUGAGCCCAGACCGCACAGCUCAAAUGCCAGCCGCAAGUUCAAAGCUGUGGUGAAUCUGAGUAAGCUGUUAGCCACUUCCAAGUCCCUAAGCCUGCCUACGCUGUACCAAACUCCUUGGAAAAAGACCAAAAUAUUCCCCCUUGCGCCUCAUGAUACUAACGGGGUUGGCAGUGGUGGCAGCGGUGAAAACGGCAAUUUUCCCAUCAUGGCACGAGCCCGGCGAUCAGACAGCGUAGAUAGCGGCAUGGUGAUCGACGGCAGCUACUUCCAGACGAAAGAAGUGAGGCCGUCAGCCAAGGCGCGCCUGGGAAAGAUCCUGAGCCGCAUCAGCGUUGCCACCAAGCUCCAGACCAGGCUGCAGCCCCAGGGGCGUCACGACCGCAGUGGUGGCCGAUCCGUGAGCUCCGUCAGUGGUGGCGUCGGGGAGGUGACAUCCGGCCACUCCAAGGGCAGGGACUCGGAUGUUUCCUUGAGGGUGGGGGACAGUGAACGGGACGAAAGUAGCCCAGAAUCGCGGAGUGGAAGCGGGGGGGCAAUUCCUCAGACGACCUCCCUCUCGGAUACGAGCAGUGGCGCGUCGUCAGUGGGAGAUGGUCAAGAGAUGAGUGAUGAAGACUCGGAUGAGGACGGCGUGAGCCGGAGUACUGAAGAGUCAGACGUGGAGAGCAGUUCAGAGACGAAGAGCAGACGUUCCAAAUCAGACGAAGAGUCCGAGACGGAGACAGAAGGAGAGACGGACACGGAGAAGGAGUCUGACACUGACGAAGCCUCUGAUUCUGAGACCGGGUCGGCAGGUAGUCAGGGGUCUGACUCAGCGGAAGGUUCCAGAAGACAGAGAAACUCUGACGAGGAGGGAUCUAGCCCAACAGAAGGGACAGCGGAGUCGUCGGUCUCUUCCUCCAUCAGAUCAUCGGUCACAGGGUCCGGGCAUACGUCCUCAGCAGGGCUAAGUAAAGGGUCAGCAGCCAGCAGCAAACAGAGCUCCAAGACCAGUUCUACAUCUUCAGACAGGUCCAGGUCUGAUUCUGCUCACAGCAGCAGCAGCAGGUCUGGGAGGUCCACUCUAUCCCAGCAGUCUGAGGAAGAGGAGCAAGAGGAAGAUUCAGAGGACCCCACAGGAAACAGCACAAGCUCCUCCAAGACCAACUCCUCCACCAGGGACAGCCUCUCCCCCAUCGCCGAGGACAACGAGGGCGAGACGACGGACACAGCCAGCAGUCGUCACGGCAACAACUCCAAAGAUGGGAUAGACGCGUGAUUGAGAUGCGCGUCAAGCUUCCUUGGUUCCGCUUCGGCACCAUGCAUACGGGAGAAAGAAACGCAUACGGCUGGUGGUGGACCGCGAGUACGAAACCAGCUCCACGGGCGAAGAGAGCGCUCCCGAGUCGCAGCG